AUGAGGCCCAGCCUCAGCGGCCUUCUUACAACCCAGCAGUCAACCAACCUGCCGUCCUUGCAACACAUGGUUACCAAGGCCACGUUGGGCCAACAGCCAUCCCGGACCGUAAACGCCGGCGGGCAACAAUACCACCCCCAUUCGCCAGUCGGGCAGCAGUACUACACAACGCCAGCCCCUGCAUCAACGGCACAGUGGCGGCAACGACAAUAUGCUACAGCGCAGCCUGAUGCUCAUGUCGAGAUCUCCGAUCUUCGCAAGGAGCGGCCUCUAACGAACGAGGAAGCUUCGCGAGAAAAGAACUUCAGACCAGACCCGAGUACCACAAAGAAGGAAGCCGCUCGCGCAGUCCGCAAGCUCGACCAGACUACCACCUCAGUAACGGAGAAGAAGAGGGAUCUUACCGAGGAUCAGAGACGCCAGGUCGAGCUGGCCCUUCUCAGCCUGCGGCAAGAGUGGGAUGACGAGACGUUCGAAACGGCGCUUGUUCAGCUGGACGAUGAACUCGAGGAGAAACCCAAGGAGAGCGAGCGGGAAGGGGAAACAGAGAGGGAGCGGAGGAAGGACAAGCACCGUAAGGAGGACGCCGGCCGGUCUGGUGCCGCCAGGGUGUCCUCCAAGCCGCACUCCAAGCCACACUCCAAGCCAAAACAACCCAAGAAGACCACCACCGAGCGACAGAAUGUUCCCCCACCCCAGAUGAACAACCUGCCGCCUCAGCAGAAUAUCCCACCGCCCCAACAAAAUAACCCUCCGCCCCAGCAGGGUAUCCCACCACCUCAGCUAAAAAACCCGCCGCUCCAGCCUCCUCCAAGGCCUACCGAGACUAGAGGUCCAAACCCGGCCCACCAAGCUCAGGCCUACGCCCACGAUCCAAGAACGGCCCCCGCCCAGGCUCCUCCUCGGAGACCCCCCAACUCGCCCGUCAGGCGAGCUCCUUCCCACCAGCGCUCAUCACAUCACCGUCGCCCAUCCCCACCCAUCCGGAACCGCGCUCGUAGCCCGUUCAGUACAGACGAGUCAACCUCCUCCACAGUCUUCUCCGACGCAGACGACGACACAGAUUACACGUCCCCCUCGACCCCCUCGUACGCCUCUAGCCGUGACUUCUUCGGUCGGCCACGGCAAAGUUCACGCUACAGGGAGAGCCCAGCACACUACGGUAUCCAGCCCAAGUUCCGCCGCGGCAAGCCCCAGGGAGAGGUUCAUAUUCAGCCACAGCGUUCUCAUGAGCGGCGACCUGAUCUGGGGGGACGUCAACACACAAUUCCGGUCCUUAAUCAACAGCCCCUCCCUCGACACAUGCCAAACCCGGCGCCGGGGCCAGGGUUCCCUCGGCCAGUACCAGGAAACGCAAACAUGGCCGAUGCCGUACCACCUGCCGCCCCUUCACAGCCCCCACCGGCUCUGGUCCCAACUGGACCAAGACCAACAGGACCAGCCCAGUUUCCGCCGCCGCCGCCGCCGCCGCCGGCGGGAGCCCAGUCUCAAGGGCGGCUUCCAGGACAUAACCCAACCGCUUUCCCAAGCCAGCCCAAUCCAACCCCUCCCCCAGGUCAACACAAUCCCGAACCUGCGCCGGGGCAGAAUGGGCAAGGGUUCCCCGGGGGACCCGGCUCCCACCCACCUCCGAACAUGACCCCACGCAAUCCCGGGGCCAUGAACGGGAUGAACGGAAUGGGCCAAACGAAUCCCAACCAGCCGGUAAACCUGGCCGGCAACCCAGUAAACGGCCCGAACCCGGUAAUGCACCCAAGACACUCAGGAAACGCAGGAAACACCGAGGGCAACCCAUCCCAAAUCCUACCACAAAACCCCGCCCUCAACCCCACCGCCCUCUACGCAAAAGCCUACGCCAAAGGCCGCGCAGACAUCCACGAGGAAGCCCUGCAUAUGGCCGAACGAGUAGCCGAGCGUGUCGUCGCCGCCGCUGUGCCGCUCAAGGCCGAAGGCCGAAGGCGAGGGGCGUCGCCGGUCGUGAUACAGGAGGAUCGCGGUCGAGGACGUGGCCGCGGCCAUGACCGUGACCGCGACCGCGAUGACUACAACAACAACAGGGGCAGAGGAAGACGGUCCCCGUCCCGGUCCACAUCCACAUCCCGGUCUGCGUCCCGAUCGCGCUCUCGCUCUCGGAGCCUCGAUCGGGACCGGAAUACCCGGGACCGACGCCGGGAGGGGAGCCGGAGCGUGAAUCGGCGCCGGGAUCGCGAGGGCGGCGAGAGGAACAGGAGUAGGAGUCAUGAACCGCGCCGGAGCCGUCGCCGUGGCCAUCAUGACCGAGACCGGUCGCGCAGCGUGGACAGGGAACGGCACCGGGGAAAGACCCGGAGCCGGACCCGAAGCAGCAGAUCCCGGAGUCUGGGUAGGCAGCGCAGCGGGAGGGGCCAGACCAGGGAUAGAAGUAGAAGCAGAAGCAGAAGCAAAAGCAGGAGUCUGGACCGGGGCGGCGAUCGGCAUCGGUACCCGAGCGGGGACCGUCAUCGCCAACCCGAUCGGGGCUGGGAUAGCGACAGGCAGAAGGGGCGGCGCGGAGGAGAAUGGGGCAGGGAAAGGAACCGAAGCCGAAGCCUCGACCGUGUUCGGCCGCGUUCUCCUCCUCAGUCGCACCGUGGUCCGCGCUCUGGUUUUAGAAUCGUCCGCCCCUCGAAUGGGUAUGCCGUGCCCCGCGAUGGUGCGGGGAGGAAGGGGCUAGAGCGGGAUAUGGAUCGGCUGCGGCUGGACGAGCGGGAUGGUGUCGGUCUGGGAGACGACGAGUUCUAUGGGCAGGGCAGAAACGGGCAAUUUCACGGGACACCACCUACUAGGGCGUGGGUAAGGGAUGCUGGUAGGGACGCAGAUAGGGAGAGGGACAUUCGUGCCGAGCGGCUGAGGCGGGAUGAGGAGGAGAGGAUCAGAGACGAUUUUAUCCGACGAAGGGAUUCAGGGAUUGACGUCGGCCCGCCGUUUGGGGACUCGAAUCCGUUUGUACCGCAACCUGGGUUUGGGAGGCGGACGGGCAUGGGGACGGGCAUGCACGUGCGGGUAGAUGGCUAUUAG